AUGCGUUGGUUAUUUCUUUUAAUACUCUCAAUAGCCAGUGUAACAAGCCGUUCAAUUAUUCCUGAGAUACAUUCAGCAAAUGCAGUAUCAGAUCGUUUAAUUGAACUAGUUACUCAAGGUUCUUUUCGUGGUGUAACAUACAAUCGUCUAGCCGCAUUAGCUGACACGAUUGGUCCUCGUCUAUGUGGAAAUGAAUCGUUGACAAAUGCGGUCAAUUGGGUAAAAGAUGUCAUGAGUUCCGAAGGUUUAGAUAACGUUCAUGUCGAAGAAGUUCGCAUACCACAUUGGGUACGCGGGGAAGAACGUGCCCUCUUAUUACAACCACGGAAGACAAAAUUAUCAAUGCUUGGCCUUGGCAAUUCUGUUGGCACUGGUCCUCAAGGUAUCCGUGCACCUGUCCUUGUUGUUCGAUCGUUCGAUGAGUUGAACGCUAGAUGUGCCGAAGCACGUAAUAAAAUCGUCGUCUUCAAUCCACAAUGUGAUUGGAAAACAAAACCUAUCGCUUGUUAUGGCUCUGUAGUAGGCUAUCGUGUUGGUGGAGCAUCGAGUGCAGCAAAAUGUGGUGCAGUCGCUUCUCUUAGUCGAUCGGCGGCAUCACGUUCAAUUGACUCGCCUCAUACAGGCGUCAUGGCUUACGACUUAUCUUAUCCAAAAAUUCCAGCUGGCUCGCUUUCUGUUGAACAUGCCGACAUGCUCGAUCGAUUUCAACAACGAAAUCAAUCGAUAGAAAUACUUCUCUACAUGGAAGCACAAACCCUACCUGACGUAGUAGGCUAUAAUCUAGUAGCAGAAGUAAGAGGUUCAAGUAAACCAAACGAGACUGUUCUUGUCAGUGGUCAUCUUGACAGUUGGGAUGUGGGUCAAGGCGCUAUGGAUGACGGAGGUGGUGCAAUGAUUUCUUGGACAGUUCUGUCUUUACUUCAUUCAUUGAAUGUUCGAGCGAAACGUACUGUUCGUUGCGUUCUUUGGUCAUGUGAAGAAUUCGGUGGUGUUGGUGCUGAUCAAUAUUUCAAUGCUCAUACAAACGAAAUACCAACAAUGAGUAUUGUCAUGGAAUCCGAUCUUGGUGUCUUUCAUCCUCAAGGUCUACAAUUUCAAGGUAGACCUCAAGCACAACAGAUCAUACAAACAAUUUCGAAUCAACUGGCGUCGAUUAAUGCUACACAAGUUGUCAGUGGUGGUGGCGGCGAAGAUAUCAGUCCGUGGAUGCAACGAGGCGUUCCGGGUGCAUCACUUCUAAAUGAUAACUGGGAUUAUUUCGCAUAUCACCAUUCGAAUGGUGACACCAUGAACGUAUUGAAUUCAACUGAUGUUGAUUUAGCAGCUGCCGUCUGGGCAGUUUACGCUUUUUCCAUUGCCGAUCUCGAUGAUCUUUUACCGCGUUAG